AUGACCACUAUACCGUCGGGCGCCGCUCGACUAAGCUCAUCCGCGACACGAUGCGUCUUCCGACAACACGUCAGCAGCUGUCCUGCCAGCUUCCACGUCUCCCAGCAAGUCCGACGCGCUAGCAUGAAGAAGGAGUUACCCGGCAAGAAGAAGAACGAUAGAAAACACUUCCUCGUGAGGGAUCUGAAAGAUGCAGAGCAGUUUGCGUUGACUGACGCUGUGCAAUAUCUUCGUUGUUUCGAGAUUGGCAAAGAUCAGCAGCGAUCAAAGUACGAACUUCACGUCAAAAUCAAUACGCUCAAAAGCGGCCCAACAAUAAAAAAUCGUAUAAAAUUACCAAAUUCUGUCCGCAGUGAUAUGAGAAUAGCAGUCAUCUGUGAUCCGGAGAGCAAACAAGGAAUUGCUUCAAGAAAAGCAGGAGCGCAUAUCGUCGGAGAGGAGUCGAUAUUCGAAGAUGUAAGACAGGGGAGAAUCGACUUCGACCGGGUGAUAUGCCAUACAAAUUCGGUGCAGAAAUUGAAUGCUGCGAAGGUUGCAAGAAUACUAGGUCCGAAGGGCUUGAUGCCGAGCGUGAAGAGCGGAACAGUGACCACGGAUUGUGCGGGACUCAUCAAAGGCGUGGCUGGGGCAAGUGAAUAUAAGGAACGUAUGGGUGUUAUAAGGUUGCCGAUCGGACAAUUGCGCUUUACGCCCGAGCAAUUAUCUACUAACGUGAGGUUUUUUUUGGCCGCGCUGAAACGAGACAUUGCGGCCAUGAAUGACUCAAUACAGAAAUCGAUCCACGAGGUGGUCCUAAGUACCACCCAAGGUCCUGGCAUAAGUCUAAAUGGGGAUUACCGGUCUUCUCAGUCAUUGAGAGAAGUCGACUUCAUCGAAAAACCGAUACCAGCCUAUAUCCUGUCAGAUAUUGUAGCGUUCGACACGUCGCAAAAAUCAUACAAACCCCCAGAAGAGGUGACCAAGGGAAUAUCAAAGGACGAAGAGGCUACGUAA